AAGGCGCUUCCGGUGUGCUGCGGGACAUGAAGCCCCACUGACCCCCACCAUGCGUGUGCUGUUCGGCGUGCUCUGGGUGACUGUGGUGUGUCGCUCAGUGCAUGCGACUCUAUCCAAGUCGGACGCAAAGAAGGCGGCGGCCAAGACAUUGCAUGAGAAGACGCAGCUGUCGGACAAGCCUGUGCAGGAGCGUGGCCUGGUGGUGACGGAGCUCAAGGCCGAAGAUGUGGUGUGGGAGCAUCGGAGCUACUGCUCGGCCAAGGCCCGUGAGCGCCAUAUCAGCGGCGACGUGCUGGGCUACGUGACACCGUGGAACAGCCACGGCUAUGACAUCGCCAAGCUCUUUGGGGCCAAGUUCACCCGGGUGUCGCCCGUGUGGCUGCAGCUGAAGAGGCGUGGCCGCGAGAUGUUCGAGAUCACGGGCCUGCACGACGUGGACCAAGGGUGGAUGCGGGCCGUGAAGAAGCAGAGCCGGGCCCUUCGCAUAGUGCCUCGCCUCCUCUUUGAGGACUGGACUUCCGAGGACUUCCGGACCGUCCUGGACAGCGAGGACGAGAUCGAGGAGCUGGGCAAGACCUUGGUGCAGCUAGCCAAGGCUCAGCACUUUGAUGGCUUCGUGCUGGAGGUGUGGACACAGCUGCUGGGCCAGAAACACACGGGCCUGGUGCAUCUGCUCACACACCUGGCAGAGACGCUGCACCAGGCACGGCUACUGCUGCUGCUGGUCAUCCCACCCGGCCUCUCCCCGGGGAGCGAGCAACCUGGUAUGUUCACUAACAAGCUGUUCGAGCAACUGGCCCCAGUGCUGGACGGCUUCAGCCUCAUGACCUAUGACUACCCGCGGGCUCAGCAGCUCGGACCCAACGCGCCCCUGGCCUGGGUGCGAGCCUGUGUGCAGGUCCUGGACCCCAAGGCCCAGUGGCGUAGCAAGAUCCUGCUGGGGCUGAACCUUUACGGCAUGGACUACGCCACAGCCAGGGAUGCCCGUGAGCCCAUCCUGGGGUCCAGGUACAUCGAAAUCCUCAAGGAGCACCGGCCCCGGCUGGUGUGGGACGCACAGGCCGCCGAGCACUUCCUUGAGUACAAGCGGAGCCGUGGAGGGCGGCACAUGAUCUUCUACCCGACACUGAAGUCCGUACAGGUGCGGCUGGAGCUGGCCCAGGAGCUGGGUGUCGGGGUAUCUCUCUGGGAGCUGGGCCAGGGCCUCGACUAUUUCUACGACCUGCUCUGAACCCAUCUGGGGUGACAGGACAUGGACAGGGGAUGAAUACAGACACUGCUGUUUUCA